GAAAAUUUAACUGCCAUAGCCAUCAUAUUGACUGCACACAAAGAUUCCUACUUUCUUUUAUACAUAUCUCUCUCUGGGGAUUUAAUUCCUAUAUAAAAUGUCCGAAGACGAGAACAAAAAGAAGCGCAAGCUGCACGACGGCCCAGAAAUCGAAAUCGACAUCUCCGCACCCGAGCCGCCAUCGAAGAAAGCUCUUCGCAAGGCCAAAAAGAAGGGAACCGACGUCCAAACAGAGCCAACAAAAGUCUCCACCGCGGAUAGCGAGAAAGAAUCAAAAUCCCGGUCGGUAUACGGCGUCUGGGUCGGUAACCUCCCCUUCAGCACAUCAAAAGAUGACCUACGCAAGUUUUUCACCAGCAACUGCACAUUCGCAGACACCACAAUCACACGCAUCCACAUCCCGCAAGGCCCGUCGAGGAAUGGCAUGCCGCAGAAUAAAGGCUUUGCCUAUGUCGAUUUCGCGACGCAAAAGGCUAUGGAUGAGGCAAUUGGCUUGAGCGAACAACUUAUCCUGGGACGGCGUGCGUUGAUCAAAGGUGCGCAGAACUUCCAAGGGCGGCCGGACCAGGACCAGCAAGCGAGCGUGGCCAAGUCGUCGGCGACAUCAGGUCAUCCCCCUUCGAGGCGUAUUUUUGUUGGGAAUCUGGGGUUCGAUGCGACUAAGGAAGCCCUCGAGGAGCAUUUCUCGCCGUGUGGAAAUAUCUCUGACAUUCAUCUGGCAACGUUCGAGGACUCGGGGAAAUGCAAGGGUUACGGUUGGCUGGAAUUCGAGAGUAUUGAGUCUGCCCAGCACGCUGUGAAUGGCUUCGUCAAGGUGGAAGAGGAUGGUGAAGAGGAGGAAGAAGAAGAAGCCUCGGCGUCAGAAUCAGACGGGACCAAGCCGGCGAAGAAACGCUCAAAGAGUAAGAAGCUUAGAAUGAAGAAGGUCUGGGUCAAUCGACUCCUCGGCCGGCAAUUGCGCAUGGAGUUUGCUGAGGAUGCAGCAACACGAUACAAGAAACGCUACGGCAAGGAUAGCAGCAAAGGGCGGCCUCAACAUUCAGACAACCAAGACGGAGAAAAAGGUAGCUGGAAAGGGCGUCCAAAGAAGGAAGACAGGACGCCGUCGCGGUAUUCCAAGGAUACAGUGCAACGGCUCACUGGAGCUAUUGUGGAGGCCCAAGGGCAAAAAGUUACGUUUGAUUAGACUAGAUACGAGUUAUGAGAUAAUUGCAUGAUUUUGUCUCUCA